AUGGUCAAGACCAAUAAAGCUGGGUCCAAGGUAGCAGUUUCAGCACCAAAAGGGUCUGAGGAUACCAACACAACUCCUCAGCGGGAACAAGGGUACAUUCUUGCCUCGAGCUCACGACAUGCUUCGGUCCAAAUGAGCCCUUCACCACAUCGAAGAUCAGAAGCUGGGCAUCUCACCACUCUCCAUUCAACAUCAGACUAUCCUCGAUCCAGCUCCCCUCAAUCAGGGACUGGCCUUGCUGGAACACCCAUCCCUCGAGGAAGUGAGACUCGAUCAAAAUCAGAAACAUACCGCCAUCCCUCUCCUCAUCGAAAGGGCCAUCAAAAUCAGAUAGCUUCCCAUGGUGUCCAGAUGCAGCGCAAUGUUAGUCCAUCCAGAGAGGAAUCAACACGAAGAGGGGUUGAGAGCAAGCCAGGGCGUGACAUGAGUAAUCGCUACUCAUUAAUCUCAGAUGCCAAAUCCUCUCGCAGGUUGAGUUUUGUGGACCAGAAGGAUAACUUACAAAUCUUACAAGAAGACGACCCACCCUCCAAGGUCCAGUACCCACAAGGGGUCAGAAUUCGCCGUAGGACUUUAGUUUGCCCAAAGGAUGAAGCAGUACAAACUGAGCCCAUCCGAAAGGGUUUGACGGCUACGGAGAUCAGAUCUCCAAGGAGACCCUCUAGCCCAGAACAUAGCGGUGGCCAUGUCAAUGCAGACUCUCGGACAGCCCUGAGAAGGAUCCUUGGCCAGGAGUGUGAAAUGAAUCGUCCCAGCUCAAUCUGUACAGAACCCAAGGCUUUGCAUAAGAAUAUGAAUGUGGAAUCGUCCCUCAGACUCUCUGUCCUUAAGGAUUUGGAUGGUGGACACCGAGUUUCUGUACGUCCAGAUCCCGAAUCUGUCCCCAGGCAUUCUGUCUAUGCUGACAUCAAGCCCUCCCCGAAGAUCUUAAUAUCAACAGAAGUAGAGUCCAACCUGAGGCCCUCAACCCGAGGAGACAGCGAGGUUGGACGUAGGGUAACCAUCUCCCCAGGGGGACAGUUACUACACCCAGCACCCCAGGUGGCAUCUCGAGCAAUGUCUGAGAGCCCCCCCAAACCUACGUUUGUCACUCCAGAGCGCAGCUAUAAGCAGCACACCCAAAGGCCUUCAGAAAGUGUCUACAUGUCCCCAGGACCGUCCCAAAAGCCCUCUGUCCAUGCAGAACUGGAACUGACCCCUCGGCCCUUACCCCCUCGGUCCUUACCUAGGUAUGGGCCUGAUUCCUCAUGGUGGACCUUACUCAAUCCUGAAGUUGAAACACCCCAAAGCCGGCCGACAACACCUGAUUUUGAUUCUGAGUCCCCUCCUCCCCCAGAUCCUUUAUUGUCCUUUUUUGAAAUGGACUCAAGUCCUUUCUGUGAGGAAAUGAUGUUCCAGAGAGAGAAGGCAAGUCCAUCACCACCACCAGCACCAGCAACACCGCCACCACUCUCAUUACCAAAGGAGUCUCUAAAUCAGGCACUGUUGAGCGAAGUGCCACUGGCCUUCAAGCGUACCUGCAAACAACCCAUUGAAAGGUUUAGUGCUUUCUUCGUGGAUGUCUCUGAGGAAAUGUACACUCGUGUCAUCUGUUGGCUAAAAGGUCUGUGCUUUUCCGUCCUAUGGAUCCAUUGUGGGGUCUGGGAGGCAAGAGGACAGUUUCGGAAGUCAAAAGCCUUGGCAGCAAGAUGGCUCCUUCCCAAAAUAGCUCUUAUCCUGUCUCGAUAA